ACCAGCCGAAAUUUGGGCGUAAACAAGCCACAUUUGACGUGCUUCUGUAGAAGAGCGGCAGCAGAAGAACUCUGGGUCGACUGGGAACGGAGAGUAUUAACGUCGCGCAUUUAAUCAAUUUAUUCUCGUUUAGUGGUUUUAUUUUUCACCGGUGAGCAGAAUGCUUCCGAUGUCUCUGUUAGUUUCUCUGUGCCUUGUGUCGUGUUUCGGUGCUGCCUACGCAAGAGAAAACGCAACUGCUCCACACGGAAGGGGCUUUUUGUAUGGCUUACGCCAGUCAGUGACGGAUGAACCAAUAGAUUAUGAUGAUAACGGAACAUUAAAUCGUUCUUCAAAUGGUCCCAAGGACAGAAAAGUUUUUUCGGAACAGGCCCUGAUGUUUCUAACUGGCCCUGUUUCCACCAUCCUUUUACCUUCCUUCUACACGCUGGUCUGCUCCAUCAGUGUGCCAAUUAACGUCUGUGCUCUGCUGGCCUUUGCUCGGGGGAUCCGUCCUAAGAAGCCAGCUGCAAUCUAUAUGCUGAACCUGGCCUUAGCUGAUCUGCUCUUUGCACUGAUGCUCCCCUUCAAGAUCUCCUACCACUUUGAAGGCAACAACUGGAAAUUUGGCCCGUCCAUGUGCCGUGUGGUCACUGCUGCCUUUUACUGGAACAUGUAUUGUUCUGUUCUUCUCAUAGCUUGCAUCAGUGUGGACCGUCUGCUUGCUGUUGUUUAUCCCAUUGACUCUCUGGCUUGGAGGAGGCCAAGGAACACAGUCAUAGCCUGCAUAACCAUGUGGGUGUUAUCCUUGACUGGCUCUGUGCCUCUUGUUACAUCGGACCAGACUUUUCACAUCAGUGAGUUGAAUAUCACCACCUGCCAUGAUGUCCACUCCACAGAUAAGAUCGUCUGGUUAAAGACAUACUUCGUCACUCUCUGCUGCCUCCUCUUCUUCCUGCCUCUGCUCAUCACAGUGGUGUCCUACACUCGAGUCAUCUGGUCGCUGAGCAAACUCCAAAAAAGGCUCCCUGGAAGCUCACACAAAAGGAAAAGAGCAAUAGUGAUGGUUUUGACAGUUCUGUUGAUAUUUGUCCUGUGUUUCAUGCCUACAAACUGUCUGCUGCUUGCACACUACCUGCAGUUUAACACCGAGAAGAGCCAGGAGGCACCUGAUGGCUCUUACGCACUCUAUCUGGUGUUUCUGUGUUUGGGAAGUCUGAACUGCCUCCUAGAUCCCCUACUCUACUACUUUGGAUCCUCCCAAUGCCAGAGACAACUCUCCAACGUGCUCAAGUGUCAUAAGGUUACAAAGAGAAAUGAUAUUAGUAAUUCAUUACCUGCUUCAUGCAGAUCCAGCACCAGACCAAUGCUGAAAUCCAGCUGUACAGAAAGUUCAAAAAUAAACUCUUCAAUUAAAGUGGAUUCUUUCCAAGAAAACACCGACAGCCAAUAUAAGAAACUACUCCUCUAACUCUCACUGAGCUGACAUUUUAAUUGAAUCCUUAAAUGUGAUUUUUUUUUUUAGUUAUGAAACAACAACAACAAUUAAAGCCUAUAUAUAGGGUUUAGCUUUGUUUGGAUUCCUAAUUAUGCCUUUUAAACGAUGAAGGGAGUUCAGAUAAGACUGCUUUUUAGAGCAACACUGA